UUCCUGGAGGGGUCAGUGAGCGUGUCCCCGGUGACAGACACCCUGCAGGGGGCGGGGCUCGGCGACGGUGACAGGAAGGAGGGGUAACCGGCUGAGGCUGCCCCUGGCGGACCGGCCCGGUAUGUAGGCCGCGGCCGGGGGAGGCUGGACCAUCCGCACUGUGAGGGGGGUAACCGCAGGGGGCGCCUUCCAUUCAUUCAACUGCCCUCCGCAGGAACAGCAAAGAUGGUGGACGUCGGUGUUGGCGCCGGCGGCGAGAGCACCAGAAGAAAGAUGGAUUCCCUGGCGGACUGCGCCACCGAGGUUGUUCCGUUAGAAAUGUACGACUCCUUCAGGGCGAAAAUUGAUGCAAACUUACAGUGGAUCUGCUCCAAGGCGUACGGCAUCGAUAACGUCCCCGAGGAGCUGAAAGACCCUUUCUACGUGGACCAGUAUGAGCAGGAGCACAUUAAGCCGCCCGUCAUAAAGCUGCUGCUCUCCAGCGAGCUCUACUGCCGCGUCUGUGGCCUUAUUUUGAAGGGAGAUCAGGUGGCGGCGUUGCAGGGCCACCAGCCCGUCAUUCAGGCUUUAUCUCGGAAGGGGAUUUACGUCAUGGAGAGCGACGACGUGCCCGUGUCCGACUCGGACCUCAGCUGCUGCCCAAUCAAAAUGAGCGCCCACAUGUCCAUGAUCGAUGCCCUCAUGAUGGCGUACACGGUAGAAAUGAUCAGUAUCGAAAAAGUAGUCGCCAGCGUCAAACGUUUCUCGACGUUCAGUGCCUCGAAAGAGCUCCCGUACGAUCUGGAGGAUGCCAUGGUCUUCUGGGUCAAUAAGGUUAAUCUUAAAAUGAGAGAAGUACUAGAGAGAGAGCAGAAAUUAAAACAACAGAUCGUCGAGAGCCCAAGUCAUCCAAAGGUUCGUUACCGCCGAGACCAUCCGUCAAACAGGCAGUUACCUUACUUUCCGUUACUCGAGGACCUCAUGAAGGAUGUCAGUGACGGGGCUGCGCUUCUCACCGUUAUACACUACUACUGUCCCGAUCACAUGAAACUGGAGGAUAUCUGCUUAAAAGAAGUCAUGUCGAUAGCCGACAGUCUGUACAACAUCCAGCUUCUUAAGGAAUUCUCCAAUGAAUAUCUAAACAAAUGUUUUUACCUUACCUUGGAAGACAUGUUGUACUCACCGAUGGUUCUUAAGCCAAAUCUCAUGGUUUUUAUUGCUGAGCUUUUCUGGUGGUUUGAGAACGUGAAACCGGAUUUUGUUCAACCGAGAGAUACUCAAGAAUUAAAAGAAGUUAAGCCAGCGUUACCGCAUAAAAGCAGUCGGCCAUCGGUACCCAUUUCCAACGCCACAAAGCGAAGCUUCAUGGCCAGCCCGGCGAGCGCAUCUGAUCCCACGCAUCACGCGGCCGAAGCGUGCAGAGCAACCUACCUGCAGCCAGAAGAGGCGGAAAACGGAAGAGGGAGCGCAGCGUUCAGUCCAUCGCACCCGUUAUUACCCCUGAGGCAAAAACAGCAAAAGACCGCACAGUCGGAAGAGAGUCCCAGUCACAGAGAUCGUUCCAACUCGUUGACACGGGCGGACGGGCAGCCUCGAGGUUCAGUGAUAGCCUGGCCUGAGAAGAAGCCAAGGCCGCUGUCUCAGCCAAUGCCUUUCGCUCUUCACUGUGCGACCGACGACGUGGACGCCGCGUCUGGAGAUAGUAUCAGCCUUGCCCGAUCCAUCAGCAAAGACAGCCUGGCCUCAAACAUUGUCAACGCGACCCCAAAACAUCACCCGCCGCCCACUCCAGGGCUCCCGAGUUCAAGGAGCCUGCUGGGAAACGUCGAGAUGGACGACGAAGAGGAACUCGUGGCUUUUAUAAGAUCGGAUGAAACGUCGAGUCAAGGAGAGUUGGAGUUACAAAGCGUGUCUUCCAGGGCAUCUAGUCAACCAGGCACAGCGAGGUUGUCGAGGAGGCCAGGAGAUGCUCUAGACCAUAGAUCUGAAAGCUUUUUCUUGGAGCCCUUAAUGCCUGCUGUGCUUAAACAAUCUAAAGAAAAACUUAUUGUGCCCAAGAGGGAAGAAUACGGGGAGGGUAAACAAUCAGGCUUUCUACCCAAACGACAAAAUGAGGGCAAUCUGUCCUUUUCUCGGACGAAAACUGCUAGCAAUCACGCCGCGCACAACUUGAAUAGAACUUUUACUCCGGUCUAUAGUUCGCAGUUUCCACCCGGGUCGGAUUCUCCUAGAACAGAACCUCUGCAGUUAUCUGUAGAGACGGGGAGCAGUACCUUCAGACCCGCCACUACUAGUAGUGUCGAGCAAGGCGAGCAGCCGGGCGGCGGAUUCUUUCUUCAUGAUGCCAAAGCGGAGAUGGUCAUCGACGAUAAACCUUUCGUAGAACGUCCGAAGGUCGGGAAUCCCGAAGACCCGGACGGCACGUGGACUGUCUUACGGCAGGAUUCAGAUUCUGACAACCUGGACACGGAGGACUGCGAUCCCGAACUGGCGCCUUCGCUCCCUGUUGGCAAGUAUAUAGGGGACGUGGAGUCGGCCAAGCUGCAGGAAGACAUGAAAGUGAAAGAACACGAUGACAAGGAUGACGCGAGUGGACGUUCCAGCCCGUGCCUGAGUACCAUCUCGCAGGUCAGCAGCGUCUCCAUGGCGAGCGGGAGCGUGCGGAUGACCAGCUUCGCUGAACGCAAAUUUCACCGACUCAAUAGCUACGAAACCAAGUCCAGCACCAGUAGUUCACAAAAGACCACUCCUGACGGCUCGGAGUGCGGCCCUCCUCCGCUAACUACGUGGAAACAGAGGAGGGAGCAGAGCCCGGGGCGGCCGAACAAAGACCACGUGAACGUCCUGGCUUCCGAACUCGUGCAGCUCCACAUGCAACUGGAGGAGAAACGGCGAGCUAUCGAGAUGCAGAAAAAGAAAAUGGAGUCGUUGUCCGCCAGGCAGCGCUUAAAACUGGGCAAAGCGGCUUUCUUGAACGUGGUGAAGAAAAACGAAGGGACGUCUCAGCCGAUGAAGCCGGGGCCGAAAGAGUACGCCAAGCAUAAAUCGGAGGGUCCCGUUACUCUGCACGCCAAAGUAGAGCAUUACCACGAGAAACUAGAAAACGCAAAUAAAGAGAACGACAGAGAUGCAAAGAUCCAAGAAACCGCGGCUAUCGUCAAACUUAAGCAGGAGGAGGCAGAAGUCGACAACGCCGUCCCCAACGCCGACGACGCCGACUCCGAGGUGGACGUGAACGAGUGCGAUCUCUCCAUCGAGAAGCUCAACGAGACGAUAAGCACGCUGCAACAAGCUAUCCUCAAAAUAUCCCAACAACAGGAGAUGCUCAUGAAAGCCCCGGCUGCGGUUCUCCCAGCACCUAAAAGCAACGGAGAGGAGACCAAGUUAAAGCCGCCCGUGCAGUUUAUCGAGCCGCCGUCUCCCACGGGAGCUGGGAACGCUCGUAAAAACAGCAGGUUCGGGCAGGGGAGAAACCCGCGAGCCUUGCGGCUGGCCGAGCAAAAAGCCUCUAAAGACAAACAGCAAAGCUCCGCUCGGGUAAUCACCCCGACGCAAAGUAUAGACACCCUUCCUCACUUGAAGGGCGCUCUGACCCUAAAGUCUCCCUGCCUGUCUACGGAAGAACCCUUUUUUGACGGCAGUCCGGAUCAGGGAAGCGCCCAUCAGGACCAGCUGUCGGCGAGCAGCUUCAGGCUCGUUGACGAGAACCAACGGACGUUUGUGCUAGCCACUUCCAAAGACGCCAACAACGUCGCCGAGCAGGCCAACAAAGAGGCCGUGAGCGGCUUGCGGAUAGCGGGGUCUUCGGAGAGCUCGGGGAAGGAAAACGUACCGGUCGACGAGAGGCUGAAGAGCAAGACCAGCCUUAUCGAGGUGGACCUGUCUGUUUUGAAAGACCCCGAGGAAGUCGGAGAAAUCGACCAGCCGGAAAAAUCCACCGACAUCAUUGCUGAAGAUCAGAAGUCCGGUGUUGGGUUUUUCUUCAAGGAUGAUCAGAAAGCAGAAGAUGAGCUGGCAAAGAAGCGGGCAGCGUUCUUACUGAAACAGCAGCGGAAGGCCGAAGAGGCUCGCCUUCGAAAACAGCAGCUAGAAGCCGAAGUCGAACAAAAGAGAGACGAGGCUCGACGCAAAGCAGAGGAAGAUAGGAUACGCAAGGACGAGGAAAAGGCUCGCCGAGAACUUAUAAAGCAGGAGUAUCUCCGGAGAAAGCAACAGCAGAUCCUCGAGGAGCAAGGUCUCGGUAGGCCUAAACCGAAGCCCAAGCCCAAGAAAACCAGACCGAAGUCUGUUCACCGGGAGGAGUCCUACAGCGACUCGGGAACAAAGUGCUCGUCAACGCCCGACAACUUAAGCAGCGCCCAGUCUGGCUCCAGCCUUUCCUUGGCCUCCGGAGCGACCACCGAGGCAGAGAGCGUUCAUUCGGGGGGGACCCCGUCGCACAGAGUCGACUCUGUGGAAACGUUACCUAUCGUGAACAGACACCAGAGCAGAAACUGCGAGAGAGACUGGGAAAACGCAUCGACCGCUUCCUCCAUCGCUUCCGUGGCAGAAUAUUCAGGUCCCAAACUUUAUAGAGAGCCAAGCAGCAAGUCAAACAAGCCAAUAAUCCACAACGCUAUAUCCCAUUGCUGCUUAGCUGGAAAAGUGAACGAGUCGCUGAAAAAUUCAACUUUGGAGGAGCUGGAGAAAUGCGACUCCAACAACUACAUUAUCCUGUUCCGAGACGCCGGCUGUCAGUUCAGAGCGCUCUACUCCUUUCACCCGGAAUCCGAAGAAAUCUUCAAACUGACCGGAACCGGCCCAAAGAGCAUCACGAAGAAAAUGAUCGACAAACUUUAUAAAUACAGCUCGGACAGGAAACAGUUUACGGUGAUCCCGGCCAAAACCAUGUCUGCCAGCGUGGACGCUGUGACCAUUCAUAACCACCUCUGGCAAGCCAAGCGACCAGCCCUGCCAAAGAAGAAUCCGGUGUACAAGUAACGCUAAAAAAAAAAACGGGGGGGAGGGAAACGUCUGAAAACAUGUAAUUGUUUACUACGUUUUCCUCCCGUCGGUACAAGCGGCGGGCAGCACUUUGAAUGUUUUUCAAAGGGGGAUUUUAAAGAUACGGUUUUACGGCGACGGAGUUGGCGGGAAUCAUUUUGAUACGGAAGAACCUGGUGCUUAAUCUCUCUCUCCAGCACCAACCUGAUUCAUUUGAAAAACACGUCUGUGGUUUUUUUUUUUUUUUUCUUUUUUCCUUUUUUUU